AUGAACAGCUCGGGGGCAGCAGCGGCGUGGCGGCCGCCGUUCACGGCGUCGCAGUGGCAGGAGCUGGAGCACCAGGCGCUCAUCUUCAAGUACCUCAUGGCCGGAAUCCCCGUGCCCCCCGAUCUCCUGCUCCCCAUCCGCAAGGGCUUCGACUCCAUGGCCUCCCGCUUCUUCCAUCACCCCUCCAGUAAGCAGCUCCAGCUCCAAACCCUUCCUCAGUCUCUAUCGUCGUCUUCCUCGCGGAAUCUAACCAGAAUGGGGGCACUUCCUCUCUUCCUGGUCGCUGGCUACGUCUCAGGAAGUAGGGUUCCGUCGAUUGCUUUCCAUGGAUGUGGCCGCUUCGUUUCUUACAGUGCCCUAGUUUCCUCUGCAGCUCCUCUUUAAUCGUCGAUUCUCGCAGUUUCUUCAGAGAUUCAUGCCGAUUUCUCCCCCGAUUACAUGAAAUCUCAACUCCUGUUUUCGAAAUCUGCCUCGCCGCACCGAAGCUCUGGCAUUAGAUCGGAUUUGAAAACAACUCCUGUGGAUUGAUUGAUCUGAGAUCGCGAAACAAAAAUGUCUGCCGCAGUGGGAUACUGCUCCUACGGGAAGAAGCUGGAUCCCGAGCCGGGGAGGUGCCGGAGGACCGACGGCAAGAAGUGGCGGUGCUCCAAAGAUGCCUACCCCGAUUCCAAGUACUGCGAGCGGCACAUGCACCGUGGCCGGAACCGUUCAAGAAAGCCUGUGGAAGCACAAACCCUAGCUCAGUCUCCGUCGUCCUCCUCUUCUCCAUCGUCCACUGUGACCUCCCUCGCCCCCUCGGGGAGUCUGGCCAGCGGCGGCAGUAGCGGUGGAGGCUUCCGCUCCUGCCUCCCCCUGCACUCCAUCGCCGCCGGCGCCGCCGCCAGUGGUGGUGGCAACGCUGCUGCUGCUGUUGCUCCGGUGUCCUUCGCCGGGCCCAGCCUGAACCAACUCCAGAUGGACCUCGGCUGCCAUGGAAUCGGCAUCGGCGACCACAGGUCCGUUCUUCCUCCUCCCCUCGCCACCGAAUUGACCCGGAUAGUUGGCGAGAUCUUUGGUUCAUCUAGUUGGUGAAUCUGAAACUUUUUCUGUGACGAUCGAUGGAUGGAUCGAUCGGGCAUGGAAGAUUUUUUUUGGGUUCGAAGUCGUCUCCGAUCCGGUAAAGCUGGAGAUUUCAUUCUCGAUGACCAUGCAUAUGCAAGAUUUAUGGUUCAAAUUCAUCCUAUCCCUGUUGAAUCUAAAGAUUUCAGACGAUGAUCUUGCGGGUCUGCAAGAUCAUUCCUCGCGGUGAUGAAGUCAGGCGGGGUGUGCAGCUGAAAGUCGCCGCAUUUCUUCCUCGGAUCUUCAUUUUCCUCUCAACAGUUGACUUCCCUCCAUUCUCCCUGAUAUUAAUAUUCUCCAUCCUCCUGAUUUUGUUCGGAAAUCUAGGCGCCAUUUUUAUCUUAAUUAUGCUGUCAUUUCUGCUAACACUCCCCCCCAUCCUCAGUAACUCUCUCUCUCUCUCUCUUUCUCUCUCUCUUUCUCUAUCCUCAAGCUGGUUAUUAUAUUAUCUUGUUGUCUGAAAAUCAGGUACGGGAGAGGGGGGAGAUCCGACGUGGACGAGCGGAGCCUCCUGUCGGAGGCCUCCGGAAGCGCGAAGGGCCUCGGCGUUGACUCCGACCUGGACGCCUCCUGGCAUGCGUUGACCUACAAUCAGGGCUCCUCCUACCCGCCCUCGAAGCAGCCCAGGAACUCCGCCCCGCCGGCGCCGCCACUGCAGGAACUCGGACACGGAACCUUCCGACCUGUGCCCCCGCCGCCGGCGCAGUCGUGGGGCUGCUUUGACUACGUGGAGCCCGUGAAGCAGGACAACCAGAACUUCCGGGCUUUCUUCGACGAAUGGCCCAAGGCGAGGGACACGUGGACAGAUCUGGAGGACGAUAGGGGCCGCGCCUUCCCGGCGACUCAGCUCUCAAUCUCCAUUCCUAUGGCCUCCUCCGACUUCUCCACCGCCAGCUCCCGCUCCCCCAACGGUCCGCUUCCCCACCACCCAGCGCUGACACGUCCGCCGCCAUCUUUGGUUUUGGCCGGAGAUCUGAUUGA